GUUUGCUUCCUCUGAUAUUUUUGCUACACUCUCUCAAUAAUGAAUUGCCUUCAGAAUCUUCCCAGAUGUUUGGUCUCACCUCUGCUGGGAUUUGGGUGCAUUCAAAGAGAUCCUUCUCCUUCUUCUCUGAAGAUGUUAGUAUCACCUCCGAUCAAAGCCAACGAUCCAAAAGCUCGACUUUUUUUACAGGCAGUAUCAGAGUCAAAGUCCAGCUCAGAGAUGAGUGGUGUUUCAAAGGAGGAAGAGAAAUCUGAUGAAUAUAGCCAAGACAUGACUCAAGCUAUGGGUGCUGUUUUAACUUACAGGCACGAGUUAGGAAUGAACUACAACUUUAUUCGUCCAGAUUUAAUUGUUGGAUCCUGCUUACAGACCCCUGAAGAUGUUGACAAGCUUCGUAAAAUUGGGGUUAAAACCAUAUUUUGCUUGCAACAAGAUCCAGACUUGGAAUAUUUUGGAGUAGACAUAAGAAGCAUUCAAGCCUAUGCUAAGAAAUAUAGUGAUAUUCAGCAUAUUCGCUGUGAAAUCAGAGACUUUGAUGCAUUUGAUUUGAGAAUGCGUCUUCCAGCCGUGGUUAGUACACUUUACAAAGCUGUUAAGCGAAAUGGAGGAGUUACAUAUGUGCACUGCACUGCUGGAAUGGGAAGGGCUCCUGCUGUUGCGUUGACAUACAUGUUCUGGGUGCAAGGCUAUAAACUUAUGGAAGCUCAUAAAUUACUUAUGAGCAAAAGGUCAUGUUUUCCGAAGCUGGAUGCUAUCAGAAAUGCUACAAUUGAUAUUCUUACAGGACUGAAGAAGAAGACUGUUACUCUGAAACUGAAAGACAAGGGAUUCUCCUCAGUAGAAAUUUCUGGCCUUGACAUUGGAUGGGGACAGAGGAUACCUUUAACACUGGACAAAGGAACAGGAUUUUGGACCCUAAAGAGAGAACUGCCUGAAGGACAGUUUGAAUAUAAAUAUAUCAUAGAUGGUGAAUGGAGACACAAUGAGGCUGAACCGUUUAUAGGACCUAACAAAGACGGCCAUACCAACAACUACGCAAAAGUAGUGGAUGAUCCAACGAGUGUGGAUGGUGCAACUCGGGAGAGACUAUCGAGCGAAGACCCUGAGCUGUUGGAGGAAGAACGCUCGAAACUAAUCCAGUUCUUGGAAACUUGAUAUAUAGAACAAAGAAAGAACAUGCACUCUAUGAAGACUAGUUACGCCGGGCAAAUAUUUGCUCUAGCUAAGCCUCACGAUUCUGUAGGCAAGAGGACUCGUAAUCGGAUUCCUAAAGAAGAGAGAAAGACACUGGUUGAAUCUUUUAUAAAGAAGCAUCAAAAACUAAACAAUGGGAGUUUUCCUUCACUUAGCCUCACACACAAGGAGGUUGGUGGAUCUUUCUACACUAUAAGGGAGAUUGUCAGAGAGAUUAUCCAAGAAAAUAGGGUCCUUGGUCCUGGUGACUUGCUUCUUCAGGGAAAUGGCUCUGUGCAAGAUCAAAGUCUUUCAAGUUCAAUCCUGAUGGAUCCUGUCCCCCCUUUAUCUUUGUCUCCAAACGGAUUCCAUUCUGCAUCAGACCAAAGUUAUGAUUUUUCUUCUGAGGCUGAGGAGACGAAGUCACUUGUAAGCGGGGAAAACAUUAACGGUAGCCAGGCUAGCUUGGAUGACAGAGGAUCUGAUAUACUGAAUUGCAGGGAAGUGAGUGGAAAUCAACUUUUGAAAGAAGACAUUGUGCUCGUACACCAGUCAAUGGACUCCACUGAGCUUGCAGCAUCUUGCAGUGAAGAAAAUGAUAUCAAGAGUGAUGCAGGGCUACAACAUAUAAUGGAGACAGUGUGCGAUAGUGUUGCCACCAAACCCCAGGAUAAAGGACUUGAUGUGGAUAAAAAAGAUGAAGGAUUUGAGGAACUACCUUUCAUGGAAUCAGAUGGCACAAAACCUGUUAACAAUAACAAAAGAGUGAAUGAUGCAGGAGCAGCUAUGACCGAGAUUGAGAGCAUGAAGAACGUAUUAGGCACAAUUGAUAUGCCAGCAGAAACAGUUGUUGAGACGUUUCCAUUAAAAUCUGUCACUUCAACGAUGGACUCACCGGAUGCACAGCCUAGUGACUUGGACGAAGUUUGUGAGGGUGGGAAAGGAACUGAGACAGAGGUGGAAGCUCAUAGCAGCACCAUAAAUCAUGUUGAUAAUGGGGAGAUUUCAUCAUCCACUUCUUCUGCUGUACUUAAUGAAAAAGGGACGGAAGUCAUUGUUGGUCAAAUGCCAAAUCAUAUUUCUGUCCCUAUGGAAAAGAAAGUUGGAGAGGAAAUUGUAAAUCCUGCUUCAGUAGAUGUUGAAUGUGCUGAUACUAAAGAGACAGUUGUUGUGAAUGGUGUGAUUGGCAACAUCCAGGAGACAAAGGAAUUUAGUAACGGAACUUUGACAGCUGAACCGAAAAUGCCAACAUCUAACACUGAGUCGGGAAGUCGUAAAAACGACAGCGCAAAAGUGGACACUAUGAGUAGCUAUGCCGGGAAUGAAGUCGCAAGUGUAGAGAAGAAGGCAACCAUGGAAAAAGGGAAACUUGAUGCUCCAGAUAGUUCAAGCUCUCAAAAAGAAAACAAUGCAACAUUAAACAGAAUUAAACCUGAAUCGUGGAAAGGGGAAUCUAAUAUGGGAAGACAGGAAACAAAUCCUCUUUUGGCAGCUCUGAAAUCUUUCUUGACAGCCUUUAUCACGAAAAGCGACUUCAUCGAGCUGGCAAUGAAGUCCGGUAACUUCAACGAGACUGCCAUCGAGCUUCAAAGAAAAGUGCUGGACCAAUCAGGGAUAGGAGAGGAGAGUUACAUGCCAAGAGUGGUGUUCAAGCCUGGUCACAGGGUCAAUCUUCGUGAUGGUCGUGAAGAAGCAGCAAUGGUGAUCUUUGGAGCAAUUGAUGAACUUCUUGCAGCGACCAAAAUCAACGUGAAGCAUAUCAAGAUCCUGGUGCUAAACUGCGGAGUCCUCAACACCACGCCAUCUCUAUCGGCCAUGGUGAUUAACCAUUACAAGCUGAGGCAUAACACAGAGAGCUACAAUCUUGGUGGUAUGGGGUGUAGCGCCGGAAUCAUAGCCAUUGACUUAGCCAAAGAUCUUUUGAACGCUCAUCAAGGCUCUUACGCUUUGGUGGUGAGCACUGAGAUAGUAAGCUUCACUUGGUACUCAGGUAAUGACGUCGCGUUGCUUCCACCAAAUUGCUUCUUUCGAAUGGGAGCAGCUGCAAUUAUGUUAUCUAGUCGGCGUAUCGACAGAUGGCGAGCCAAAUACCAACUUAUGCAGAUAGUAAGAACCCAUAAAGGCAUGGACGACACAAGUUAUAAGAGCAUAGAAUUGAGAGAAGACAGGGAUGGGAAACAAGGACUGUAUGUAUCUAGAGAUGUGAUGGAAGUUGGUCGCCAUGCACUCAAAGCAAACAUUGCAACGCUUGGUCGUCUUGAGCCUUCUUUUGAGCAUCUAUGUGUAUUGGCAUCGAGUAAGAAAGCGCUUGAUGAGAUUCAAAAGGAUCUCAAGUUGACGGAAGAGAAUAUGGAGGCAUCAAGACGGACACUGGAACGUUUCGGGAAUACAUCAAGCAGCAGUAUAUGGUACGAGCUAGCUUACUUGGAACACAAAGGGAAGAUGAAAAAAGAUGAUAGGGUUUGGCAGAUCGGUUUCGGGUCAGGGUUUAAAUGCAACAGUGUUGUAUGGAAGGCCCUAAAAAACAUUGACUCUCCAAGACACAAUAACCCAUGGAAUCUCUGACUCUGACGAUUUUUCGAUACCCCAACUCUAAUGUUUGAUCACAAAAACAGCUACAAGUGUAUGGUAACGUGAAUAAAAUAACCCACCAGUG